AUGCGCUUGGGAGAACGAAAACUACGGCGACUUAAUCUCGCCAUCAAUGUGCUUGAAGAACUCCCACCCGAAAUUGGCCGCCUUACUCAUGUCGAAUGGCUCAACCUUAAUGACAACAGACUCAGAUAUCUACCGGUAACUUUAUCAAACUUGACGCGCUUAGUCAAAUUGGGACUUGUCCAAAACCGCCUAAAAUACUUGCCUCCACGUUUAUUUUCACGUAUGUACAAGCUGCAAAAGUUGGAUAUACGACGCAAUCAACUGCGAUAUUUACCUGCCUCCCUCUUGAUGAUGUCGCCUUUAUCGGAUGUCAUAAGCAAUCCUGAGAUAGCUGUACCUAUGGCAGCAUUUCAAAUGCAUCCGUGCCCUCCCUCAUGUCAAGUUCGAACUCGCACAGAUGCAGAUCAAGGAGGAUCUUUGCGAACCUUGUUAUUGGGAGAGAAUUUAUCUCUCGAAUCAGUAAAUGGCAUUAUUCACGAAAAUCUCCCAAACAACUGUUACUCUGCAAGAACCGAUCCAAACACUGACAACACACCGGAAGCAUUUGAUGGUGACAACAGUGCAAAACGUCAAUUGGAGUCAUGUGAUAGUUAUCGCCAUGAUACUACAUGCAUUUUAUCACUCCGUGAAAUUGCAAUCCGUGUACUUUUAAAUAGGGGGUACGGGAAGUUGCAACGUCUGCCAUCGGCUAUCGAGGAUCUACCAGGCAUCUGCUUAGAGCAUUCCCUUGGACACUAUCAUUCACAAUUGGAUUUGUAUCCCGAGUAUGCCUUUAGCUAUCUUGAAGCGGCUAUUCCCAAAAGCAUAUCACCAAUCCUACGCAUGGAGGUUAUCGCUUCAGCUAGACAGUGCGAUAAAUGUGGUCAAUGGUAUUCUAGAAGCGAUAUCCACAUUGGUUACACAGUUAGACUCGGCACACAGAAAACGAUGGCGCCUAUCCGUUUCGAGCUUUGCUCAUUCGGAUGUGCUCUCAACAGCAUGAGUGAACUGCGUAAACAUAAUGGAACCUGGGAAUCUUUGAGGCAUGAUCGAGCAGCGGAGAACAUGAGAACGUCAAGCAGCAGUAAUACGAGGAGAGAUCAGCACAUUAAUGGUUGGUUGAUAGUAGACAGCAAAAACCAAGACAUGAGAUAUGUUAUUCACAUAUUAAAUCAUUCAUAG